AUGGGCCUACAGGUCUCUCUCAGGCGCUACCGCAACACAAAAUCUUGUAAUAGCGCGAUCUGGAGAGAAGGUUAUGAGCUGGCAAAAAUCGAGAAAUUGAUUGGUUCACCUGAAAAACCUCUAUCAGAUUUGGGUCGUCUAAGUUAUCGUAGCUAUUGGGAAUACGUUAUAUUUUCUUAUCUCCACAAUCACCCUAGCAGUUCAAUACAGGAGAUCAGGUAA